GUGAAAAAAAGACAUAAAUAAAAGCUAUAAAAGGGAUCCAACACGUAGUGCAGGCAUAAAGCAACAAACUCAUGCACAAAAGCCACAACCAAAAAAGUAUAGAAUAAAAAAUAAAAAAUAAAAGCAAUUAAUUAAUUAAUUAAUAAUUUUAUGGAACUAACUAACAGUAUAUAUAAGUGACUAAGAAACAUUAGCAAAUAUAACAGUCUACUAAAAAAUGGAAGCUCUAUACUCAGUAGUUUUUCUACUCAUGCUGAUUCUUAUCACUAAUGUAAUAAUAUUUCCAGCCUUAGGUCAAAUAGUGUCACUAAAAACAGGCUUCUACUCUUCUUCGUGUCCUAAAGCGGAGUCGAUAGUUCGAUCGACAGUCGAAUCCCAUUUCAACCAAGACUCCACCUUGGCUGCCGCUUUGCUCAGGCUCCAUUUUCACGAUUGUUUCGUUCAAGGGUGUGACGCUUCGGUUUUGAUCGACACUCCUUCUUCGGAAAGAAAGGCGGUGCCUAAUUUAGGGUUGAGAGGAUUUCAAGUGAUUGAUGAUGCUAAAUCGCAGCUCGAGGCCUUGUGUCCAGGUGUCGUCUCGUGUGCCGAUAUAUUAGCGUUGGCUGCUCGUGAUUCUGUCGAUUUGAGUGGCGGCCCGAGUUGGGGAGUGGGUACGGGAAGAAGAGACGGAAGAAUAUCUUUGUCUUCGGAAGCUUCCAAUUUGCCGAGCCCUUUCGAUUCCGUAGCUAUUCAGCAACAGAAAUUUGCAGCCAAAGGCCUUGAUGACCAUGAUCUUGUCACACUUGUUGGAGCACACAGCAUAGGGCAAACAGAUUGCCUUUUCAUGCGAUAUCGACUCUACAACUUCACGGCAAGUGGGACCGCUGAUCCGACUAUAAGCCAAUCAUUCUUAGGUACAUUACAAUCUCUUUGUUCAAAAGAUGGAGACGGUUCGAAAAGGGUGGCGUUGGAUAAAGACAGCCAGUUCAAAUUCGACUCGAGUUUCUUCAAGAAUCUGAGGAACGGUAACGGCAUUCUUGAAUCGGACCAAAGGCUUUGGGGUGACUCAUCAACGCGUAGAAUUGUCGAUAAUUACGCGGGGAGUAUAAGAGGUUUGCUUGGUUUUAGGUUUAAUUUCGAGUUCCCGAAAGCUAUGAUUAAAAUGAGUAGCAUUGAGGUAAAGAGUGGUGCACAAGGGGAGAUUAGAAAGGUUUGUUCAAAAAUCAAUUGACUCACUAUAUAUAUGUGAGUUAUUAUUAAUUAUAUAUGCUUAAUGAAGAAAUGAGAAAAAAAAAAAAAAACUAUGUUAUUUUUAGUUUAGAAUUCAAUAAUUCAUGUAUGUAGGCAAAUAAUGGAACAAUGGUAUUUGAUGAAGGAAAAAAUAAAUAAUUAUGGUUU